AGACAACUUCCGUGACAGCGCUCCCAAGCACCACACAGCACAGUCAUGACGGCCUCGAAACCUCUGCGUAAGACGCAGGUCCUCUCCCUAGGCCUGCCCCGCACUGGUACCUCGUCCAUGUGUGAGGCCCUCACGCUCCUCUCAUACAAGGAUGUCUACCAUGGCAUCAAGUCCAUCGACUCCCCGACAGACUGGGCCGUCUUCUCUCGUGCCGCCGACGCCACCUUUCCAAACCUGCCCACGUACACCGGCAAGCCCUUUACAACCGAAGAAUGGGACGAGGUGUUUGGCGAGUGUGAGGCCGUCACAGACAUCGGUUCCAUCUUUGGUCCACAGCUCAUCGAAGCAUACCCGGACGCAAAGGUCGUUCUUGUGCAGCGCGACUACGAACGCUGGUACAAGAGCAUGGACGAGCAGGUCUUUCACGCUCUCUGGGGCCGCCUGGCCGACUUCUUCAUCGAGACAGUCGAGCCGAUCAUUGGCUCUGUCACUGGUCCUGCCAAUCGCAAAAUGAUACUUGGCCUCUUCCGUGCUUCUACCGUCGACGAGGCCCGCGACCACGCCCGUGAGACAUAUGAGCGGCACUACAAGACUAUCCGAGAAAUGACCCCUCCCGAGAGGCUGCUCGAGUUUGACCCCAAGGACGGCUGGAGACCUCUGUGCGAAUUUCUGGGCAAGGACAUCCCCAAGGAGUGGGUUGGCCGGGAAGGAGAGUUCCCCCACGUCAACGAGGCGGCGGCGAUGCGCAAAAAGAUCAUGGAACAGCAGUUCAAGCUGCUCAAGAAGGCGGCAAACGUGGUGGUGCGAUAUGCCGCCUUGCCGGCGGCUGCAGUCGCUGUGUGGUACACGCGAGGUCGUUUGUGGUAGCAUAAGGUAUGCGACCAGAGCACAAGAAUUCAUAAACACCAUGUCUCGACAGAACAGCCUAGGUACAGGACAUAUUGAAACUGAUGCCCACAAAUCUACUCAGCUUUGCA